AAUAUUGCUCGAGGUGGACGAGUGACUCAGUCCUCUGUGGCGUUUGGUGGGGUCCCUGAAAGGGCCAUUGAUGGAAAUCAGGCAAGAAUCUAUGAACAAGGAUCCUGUACCCACACAAACCUUGAAAGCAGACCAUGGUGGAGACUGGACCUCCUGACAACAUAUAGAAUUAACACUGUCACCAUCACCAACAGAGGAGAUUGUUGCCAUGAUCGGCUUAAUGGUGCUGAGAUCCGCAUUGGAAACUCCCUCAAUGACAAUGGCAAUGCUAAUCCCAGGUGUCAAUCUAUCAAUUCUAUCCCAGCUGGGACCUUCACAACUUUUGUGUGUAAUGGAAUGGAGGGCCAGUAUGUGAACAUUGUGAUUCCUGGAAGACCAGAAUAUCUGUCACUGUGUGAGGUGGAAGUCACUGGUCAGCUUGCAGUUUCUAAUAUUGCUCAAUUUGGACAAGUGACUCAGUCCUCAGUGGCGUUUGGUGGGGUCCCUAAAAGGGCCAUUGAUGGAAAUCAGGCAAGCAACUGGAAUCAAGGAUCCUGUACCCACACAAACCAUGAAAGCAGACCAUGGUGGAGACUGGACCUCCUGAGGACAUACAAGAUUAACACUGUCACCAUCACCAACAGAGGAGAUUGUUGCCAUGAUCGGCUUAAUGGUGCUGAGAUCCGCAUUGGAAACUCCCUCAAUGACAAUGGCAAUGUUAAUCCCAGGUGUGCUGUUAUCCAUUCUAUCCCAGCUGGGAUCUCCAAAACUUUUAUGUGUAAUGGAAUGGAGGGCCAGUAUGUUAACAUUGUGAUUCCUGGAAGACCAGAAUAUCUGACACUGUGUGAGGUGGAAGUCACUGGUCAGGUUGCAGCUUCUAAUAUUGCUCAAUUUGGACAAGUGACUCAGUCCUCCGUGUUGCAUGGUGGGGUCGCUGAAAGGGCCAUUGAUGGAGAUCAGGCAAGCAUCUGGAAUCAAGGAUCCUGCACCCACACAAACUGCGAAAGCAGACCAUGGUGGAGACUGGACCUCCUGAGAACAUAUAAGAUUAACACUGUCACCAUCACCAACAGAGGAGAUUGUUGCCAUGAUCGGCUUAAUGGUGCUGAGAUCCGCAUUGGAAACUCCCUCAAUGACAAUGGCAAUGCUAAUCCCAGGUGUGCCUCUGUUAAUUCUAUCCCAGCUGGGACCUCACAAACUUUUGUGUGUAAUGGAAUGGAGGGCCAGUAUGUGAACAUUGUGAUUCCUGGAAGAACAGAAUAUCUGUCGCUGUGUGAGGUGGAAGUCACUGGUCAGCCUUCAGGAAACAUUGAUCCAACUGGUGCUAAUAUUGCUAGACAUGGAAAAGCAACUCAGUCCUCCGUGGGAUCGGAUGGCCCCCCUGAAAAGGCAAUUGAUGGAAAUCGGGCAAGCAUCUAUGAACAAGGAUCCUGUACUCACACACAAGGACAAACAAAUCCAUGGUGGAGACUGGACCUCCUGAGAACAUAUAAGAUUAACACUGUCACCAUCACCAACAGAGGAGAUUGUUGCCAUGAUCGGCUUAAUGGUGCUGAGAUCCGCAUUGGAAACUCCCUCAAUGACAAUGGCAAUGCUAAUCCCAGGUGUGCUGUUAUCCAGUCUAUCCCAGCUGGGACCUCCAAAACUUUUGUGUGUAAUGGAAUGGAGGGCCAGUAUGUGAACAUUGUGAUUCCUAGAAGAAUAGAAUAUCUGACACUGUGUGAGGUGGAAGUCACUGGUCAGCCUUCAGGAAACACUGCUCCAACUGGUGCUAAUAUUGCUAGACAUGGAAAAGCAACUCAGUCCUCCGUGGGGUGGAAUGGCCCCCCUGAAAAGGCAAUUGAUGGAAAUCAGGCAAGCAUCUAUGGACAAGGAUCCUGUACUCACACAAACCUUGACAGAAGACCAUGGUGGAGACUGGACCUCCUGAGAACAUAUAAGAUUAACACUGUCACCAUCACCAACAGAGGAGAUUGUUGCCAUGGUCGGCUUAAUGGUGCUGAGAUCCACAUUGGAAACUCCCUCAAUGACAAUGGCAAUGCUAAUCCCAGGUGUGCUGUUAUCCAGUCUAUCCCAGCUGGGACCUCUUAAACUUUUUUGUGUAAUGGAAUGGAGGGCCAGUAUGUUAACAUUGUGAUUCCUGGAAGACCAGAAUAUCUGACACUGUGUGAGGUGGAAGUCACUGGGACAGAAUCAGAUGAUGUCAUUGAAUAUGUGUGUAACUGAGUCUGAAAUGAUUCCGCCUUUUCAUGUACACGUAAUUUUGAAGCUGAUCUUUGCUUGUUUCUGCUUCUUUUGCAUAUUUGAAUAUUAAUAUGGGCAAUUUACCAUUAUAGCAAAUUUAUAAUUUGCUUUACAGUACCGGAAAUCAAACACACCUUGCGCCUGGAUUUAUGACAAUGUUGUUGCUGAACAGUCAUUUGAGGUCCUCUCACAUGAUAUUAAGUAACUCUUACGUUCCCAUGUUUCUUGUUUGUGUUCUUGAGUGAUGGUUAUACCUGUCCCACAUGCACACUAAUUUAGCCUAAAGACUGUAAGCAGAGGAAAAUAGUGAAGCUGACUGUCCAAAUGUAAUGCAACCUUACUGUUUGUUAAUGUUAAUCAUGCUCUCAUUGACUUGUCUUUGGCUGUGCUAUGUGAAUUUGACAUAGACAGCUUUUCAGAAAGUUUAUAACAUUCUCCAUACUCUACAUUCCCCAUACUAUACAACUAAAAAAAAAAAAAAAAAAAAAAU